AUGACACGGGACGCCGACACGGGACGCCGACACGGGACGCCGACACGGGACGCCGACACGGGACGCCGACACGGGACGCCGACACGGGACGCCGACACGAGACGCCGACACGGGACGCCGACACGGGACGCCGACACGGGACGCCGACACGGGACGCCGACCGGGGACGCCGACCGGGGACGCCGACCGGGGACGCCGACAGGGGACGCCGACACGGGACGCCGACACGGGACGCCGACACGAGACGCCGACACGGGACGCCGACACGGGACGCCGACACGGGACGCCGACACGGGACGCCGACAGGGGACGCCGACACGAGACGCCGACACGGGACGCCGACACGGGACGCCGACACGGGACGCCGACACGGGACGCCGACACGAGACGCCGACACGGGACGCCGACAGGGGACGCCGACACGAGACGCCGACACGGGACGCCGACCGGGGACGCCGACACGGGACGCCGACAGGGGACGCCGACACGGGACGCCGACACGGGACGCCGACAGGGGACGCCGACACGGGACGCCGACACGGGACGCCGACACGGGACGCCGACACGGGACGCCGACAUGGGACGCCGACAGGGGACGCCGACACGAGACGCCGACACGGGACGCCGACCGGGGACGCCGACACGGGACGCCGACCGGGGACGCCGACACGGGACGCCGACACGGGACGCCGACACGGGACGCCGACACGGGACGCCGACACGGGACGCCGACACGGGACGAUGACACGGGACGAUGACACGGGACGCCGACGACUCUGCCAGAUGUUGUG